GUCAAUUUCUCUCCUUUAUAAUAUAUAUGAACACUCCCUUUGAGUCUAAACACUUUUAUGCUUCUGGGUUUCUUGUAGAUUUGAGAAUCAAUUAAACUAAGAAGACUCAAAAAAGAAAGAAAAAAAAAAGUACUUAAGAUUGUUGGAGGAGAGAAGAAGAAGAUCAUGUCCAAAGAGCAAGCAAUUUCAAAUGCAUUCGUCUGCAAUAAUAUCCCAACACUUGGAUCCAUCAAUAAUCCUCCUGUUAUCAAGAAGAAGAGGAACCUCCCUGGAAACCCAGAUCCCGAAGCGGAAGUUGUGGCGUUGUCGCCGAAGACCCUAAUGGCGACGAACCGAUUCUUGUGUGAAAUAUGCGGUAAGGGUUUCCAAAGGGAUCAAAACCUACAGCUGCACAGGCGAGGACACAACCUUCCAUGGAAGCUGAAGCAAAGAAGUAGCAACAACAAAGAGGGUGUAAGGAAGCGAGUUUAUGUUUGUCCAGAGAAGGGCUGCGUCCACCACCACCCGUCGAGGGCCCUCGGCGACCUCACCGGAAUCAAAAAGCACUUCUGCCGGAAGCACGGCGAGAAGAAGUGGAAGUGCGACAAGUGCUCCAAGAAAUAUGCUGUGCAGUCGGAUUGGAAAGCACACUCCAAAACUUGUGGCACCAAAGAGUAUAAAUGUGACUGUGGAACUCCAUUUUCAAGGAGAGAUAGCUAUGUAACUCACAGAGCCUACUGUGUGGCACUAGCAGAAGAAACAGCAAGACUAAAUGCAGCAUCAUCAACCAACAAUAACAGUACAAUAGCUGAAAACAACUACCAUUUCCUAAAGCCUCCCCACCAAAUCUUCUCCUCCUCCAACAUUUUCAGGCUCAACAACUCUACUGAUGAAUCUCGUGAUCACCACAUGGUCUUCAAUAAUUACAAUCUCAACACACCCACAAUAGGCCUCCCCUUUUGGAUGAUGGCACCAGCUGCCAAUAACAACAACUCCCACCAAAUCAAUGAUCUCCAUGAUCAUCAUCACCCAUUUUCAGCAGCAAGCUCUGUGAUUAGUGCUCCUUCAUUGUACAGCAAUCAGGAUCAGCAAGCCCAUGAAGCUGUACUGGGAAAUAUGUCAGCCACAGUUUUGCUGCAGAAGGCUGCUCAAAUUGGGGUGACAAGCUCCACAAACGACCCAUCUUUGAUGAUGGGGAGCAGUUUUGGGGUGAAAUUGGGUGAUGGGAAGGGGUUUUUUUCAGGCUUUUAUGGGACAAAUUAUAAUUCAAAUUCUAUGCCAAGUUGUUCCAGCCUUGAAAAUGGUGGAGGAGAAGAUUCUGGUUGGAGUAAUUUGGUGCAGAUGUAUCCUCCAGCAAAGAGAAGGCACACAGUGAGUGAAGAGAGUGUUGUUUCAGGAGGAGGAGAGAUCACAAGGGAUUUUUUGGGUGUGGGAGUGCACACCAUAUGCCAUCCAUCAGCAGUAAAUGGAUGGAUCUGAUUUGAUUUGAUUUGCUUUGAUUUGAGUGAUCACUAAAUCAGAGAAUGGAAUCUAGAGACCAAAUUGAAAUCCCUUUGAAUGGCAGAAGAGGGGGGAGAUCCAUGCAUAUAAUUCUCAGUUGAGGGAGCAGAAAGCUGAUGGCUUUUAAAAAAUAGUAGCCUUUUGUUUUUCUGAUUAAGAGCAGAGCAGUGCAGUGGAGGGGAAAGUAAUGGAACCCCUUUUUGGAGGAAUCCAUUAGUAUUACUAUUGUUAUUGUGUAUUUCUUUCAUUUUUGUUUUUGCUCUUUUCUUGUGGUAUCCAAAUUCCAAACUGUGUAUUGGAAAGAAAAGAGAGUAUAUUUCUACUUUCCCAUUAGGGUCAUGGGCACGGGUUCUUUUCGGUGCAAACCAAAUCAAUAAAACCGUUUUAUGAACCGU